GAUGAAAAUGGGAAUUGCUCUGGUGAAGGUAUUGAGUUUCCAACAACUAACUUGUACGAGCUGGAGAGCAGAGUUUUAACAGAUCACUGGUCCAUACCCUAUAAGAGAGAAGAGUCUUUGGGCAAGUGCCUAAUUGCAUCCACCUACCUGGCAAGACUGGGUCUUUCUGAUUCUGAUGAGAAUUGCAAGAGAUUUAUGGACAGAUGCAUGCCUGAAGCAUUUAAAAAGCUGUUGACAUCCAGUGCUGUUCAUAAAUGGGGAACUGAAAUCCAUGAAGGAAUAUACAACAUGCUUAUGCUGCUAGUGGACCUGGUUGCAGAAAGAGUAAAACAAGAUCCUAUUCCUGUGGGCCUGCUCGGUGUGCUUACGAUGGCAUUUAACCCUGACAAUGAAUAUCAUUUCAAGAAUCGAAUGAAGGUGUGCCAGAGAAACUGGGCAGAAGUCUUCGGGGAGGGGAACAUGCACGCUGUCUCACCCAUAUCCACUUUUCAGAAGGAACCUCAUGGGUGGCUGGUGGAUCUGGUAAACAGGUUUGCAGAGUUGGGUGGAUUUUCAGCAAUUCAGUCCAAACUCAAUUCAGAAGAUAUUGAACUUGGGGCAAUCUCUGCAUUAGUUCAGCCAUUUGGAGUUUGUGCAGAAUACCUGAACUCUUCUGUAGUACAGCCCAUGCUGGAUCCAGUCAUUCAUAAAAUGAUUAAAUAUGUACAGAAUGUAGAAGAGAAGGACUUGAAAGACAAGAGACUAGUCAGUAUCCCUGAGCUCUUGUCUGGUAUCAAACUGCUGUGUAUGCGCUUCCAGCCUGACUUGGUGACUGCAGUAGAUGAUUUAAGGCUGGACAUUCUGCUGCGCAUGUUAAAAUCUCCUCACUUCAGUGCAAAAAUGAAUUCCCUCAAAGAGGUCACAAAAUUAAUAGAAGACAGCACUGUAUCCAAGUCAGUGAAGAAUGCAAUAGAUACAGACCGACUGCUAAACUGGCUGGUAGAAAAUUCUGUCCUGUCCAUUGCUCUAGAAGGUAACAUAGACCAGGCACAAUACUGUGAUCGUAUAAAGGGAAUUAUUGAACUGCUGGGCAGUAAACUAUCUUUAGAUGAGCUCACUAAAAUUUGGAGAAUUCAGUCAGGACAAUCUUCUACUGUGAUUGAAAACAUACAUACCAUUAUUGCUGCAGCUGCUGUGAAGUUUAGCUCUGAUCAGCUCAAUCAUUUAUUUGUUCUAAUCCAAAAGAGCUGGGAGACAGAAAGUGAUAGAGUGAGACAGAAGCUAUUGAGCCUGAUAGGGCGCAUUGGUCGAGAGGCACGAGUGGAGACAACCACUGGAAAGGUUCUGGAGGUGCUUUGGGAACUGGCUCACCUUCCAACGUUACCGUGUAGUCUUAUCCAGCAGGCCUUGGAGGAACAUCUGACAAUCCUCAGUGAUGCCUAUGCAGUGAAAGAGGCAAUCAAAAGAAGCUACAUCAUCAAAUGCAUAGAGGAUAUUAAGAGGUCGUCCCAGCACAAUAAUCCUCAGUUUGUGUGGGUGGUGCCAGCCUUACGUCAGCUCCAUGAAAUCACACGUUCAUUCAUUAAGCAAACUUACCAAAAGCAAGACAAGAGCAUUAUUCAAGAUUUAAAGAAAAACUUUGAAAUAGUGAAGCUGGUGACAGGAAGCUUAAUAUCAUGCCACCGUUUGGCUGCAUCUGUGGCAGGCCCAGGAGGGCUCGUUGGAGCAACCUUAGUGGAUGGCAGAUACACUUACCGGGAGUAUUUGGAGGCACAUCUAAAAUUUUUGGCAUUUUUUCUGCAAGAAGCCACCCUUUAUUUGGGCUGGAAUCGUGCCCGGGAGAUCUGGGAAUGCCUUGUAACCGGCCAGGAUGUUUGUGAGUUAGAUCGAGAGAUGUGCUUUGAGUGGUUCACAAAAGGACAGCAUGAUCUAGAGAGUGAUGUACAGCAACAGCUCUUCAAAGAGAAAAUUCUUAAACUGGAGUCAUAUGAAAUUACUAUGAAUGGUUUUAGUUUAUUUAAGACUUUCUUUGAAAAUGUGAACCUAUGUGACCAUCGACUGAAGAGGCAGGGAACUCAAUUGAGUGUAGAAAAACUGGAAUUAAUAGGAAUGGAUUUCAUUUGGAAGAUUGCAAUGGAGUCACCUGAUGAGGAAAUUGCCAAUGAAGCCAUACAAUUGAUAAUAAAUUACAGCUAUAUUAACCUAACUCCUAGAUUGAAAAAGGAUUCAGUAUCCCUGCACAAGAAAUUCAUUGCAGAUUGCUACACACGAUUAGAGGCAGCCAGCUCUGCACUUGGUGGUCCAACAUUAACACAUGCUGUUACAAGAGCUACAAAAAUGCUUACAGCAACUGCUAUGCCUACAGUAGCAACAUCAGUUCAGUCUCCUUACAGGUCAACUAAACUUGUAAUAAUUGAGAGGCUGCUGCUGUUGGCAGAGCGUUAUGUGAUAACAAUAGAGGACCUUUACUCUGUUCCCCGAACCAUUCUACCUCACGGUGCCUCUUUCCAUGGACAUCUUUUAACUCUUAAUGUUACCUACGAGUCUACCAAAGAUACCUUCACCAUAGAGGCUCAUAGCAACGAAACUGUAGGGAGUGUCAGGUGGAAGAUAGCAAAGAUGUUGAAUUCACCCGUGGAUAAUAUACAAAUAUUUGCCAAUGACAGCCUGCUAACUGUAAACAAAGAUCAGAAACUACUCCACCAGUUGGGCUUCUCUGACGAACAAGUCCUUACAGUAAAAACAUCAGGAAGUGGGACUCCAUCAGGGAGCUCUGCAGAUUCCUCAACCAGUUCCAGCAACAGCAGCAGUGUAUUUAGUUCAUCCUAUGCAAUGGAACAGGAGAAAUCUCUCCCUGGAGUAGUCAUGGCUCUCGUGUGUAAUGUGUUUGAUAUGCUUUACCAGCUUGCCAAUCUAGAAGAGCCAAGGAUAACGCUGAGAGUGAGGAAGCUUCUGCUCUUGAUUCCCACUGACCCAGCUAUUCAGGAGGCUCUUGAUCAGCUUGAUUCCCUGGGAAGGAAGAAAACACUGCUCUCAGAAUCGAGUUCUCAGUCUUCAAAAUCGCCAUCCUUGUCUUCAAAACACCAACAUCAGCCCAGUGCUAGUUCAAUACUAGAAAGUCUUUUCAGAUCUUUUGCUCCAGGCAUGUCCACCUUCAGAGUGCUCUACAACUUAGAGGUACUGAGCUCCAAGCUGAUGCCAACUGCUGAUGAUGAAAUGGCAAGAAACUGUGCCAAGUCUUUCUGUGAAAACUUCCUCAGAGCAGGAGGUUUGAGUUUGGUGGUGAAUGUGAUGCAGAGAGAUUCCAUCCCAUCGGAAGUAGACUAUGAAACAAGGCAGGGAGUCUACUCCAUCUGCCUGCAACUUGCAAGGUUCUUGCUUGUUGGCCAGACAAUGCCUACCUUACUGGAUGAGGAUUUCAUUAAAGAUGGGGUAGAAGCAUUGUCCUCACGCCCCUUCCGGAACGUCAGCCGACAAGCAAGUAGGCAGAUGUCCAUCUGUGGAACACCUGAGAAGUCAUCCUACCGACAGCUCUCUGUGUCUGAUAGAUCCUCCAUUAGGGUAGAAGAAAUCAUUCCAGCAGCAAGAGUUGCCAUACAAACUAUGGAGGUGAAUGAUUUCACUUCCACAGUGGCCUGCUUCAUGAGACUCUCUUGGGCUGCUGCUGCAGGACGACUGGACCUCGUGGGAAGUAGUCAGCCAAUAAAAGAGAGCAACACUUUAUUUCCUGCUGGGGUUCGAAACAGACUUAGCAGCUCAGGAAGUAACUGCAGCUCAGGAAGUGAAGGAGAGCCGACUGCACUGCAUGCUGGUAUCUGUGUGAGGCAGCAGUCUGUGUCCACCAAAGAUGCUCUGAUUGCUGGAGAAGCCUUGUCUCUCUUGGUAACCUGCCUUCAGCUACGCAGUCAGCAGCUAGGAUCUUUUUAUAAUUUGCCAUGUGUUGCUGAUUUCAUCAUAGACAUACUACUUGGAUCACCAAGUGCUGAGAUUCGUCGUGUUGCCUGUGACCAGCUGUACACCCUUAGUCAGACAGACACCUCAGCUCACCCAGAUGUACAAAAGCCAAACCAGUUUCUCCUGAGUGUUGUUCUUGGUGCCCAGCUGCCUCUUUGGUCACCAACCAGCAUCAUGAGAGGAAUCAACCAGAGACUUUUGUCCCAGUGUACAGAAUAUUUUGACCUGAGAUGUCAGUUACUGGAUGACCUCACAUCAUCAGAAAUGGAGCAGCUAAAGAUCAGCCCAGCUGCCAUGUUAGAAGAUGAGAUCACCUGGCUAGACAACUUCGACCCCAACCGCACAGCUGAGUGUGAGACCAGUGAAGCUGAUAAUAUCCUGUUAGCAGGACACUUGAGGCUCAUCAAGACUCUCCUUUCACUCUGUGGGGCAGAGAAGGAAAUGGUUGGUUCCUCUUUGAUUAAGCCAUUGUUGGAUGAUUUCCUCUUCCGAGCAUCCAGGAUUAUCCUGAACAGCCAUUCUCCAGCAGGCAGUGCUGCAAUCAGUCAGCAGGACUUUCAUCCAAAGUGCAGCACAGCAGAUAGCCGCUUAGCAGCUUACGAAGUGUUGGUAAUGCUGGCUGAUAGCUCACCUUCCAAUCUCCAGCUCAUUACAAAAGAGCUGCUUUCCAUGCAUCACCAGUGUGACCCUGCACUUACCAAGGAGUUUGAUUAUCUUCCACCAGUGGAUAGUCGCUCCAUUUCGGGAUUUGUGGGACUCAAGAAUGGAGGUGCUACUUGUUACAUGAAUGCAGUCUUCCAGCAGCUAUAUAUGCAACCUGGUCUUCCAGAGGCCUUGCUUUCCAUUGAUGAUGAUACAGACAAUCCAGAUGACAACGUGUUCUAUCAAGUUCAGUCUCUCUUUGGUCAUUUGAUGGAAAGCAAGCUACAGUAUUAUGUACCUGAGAAUUUUUGGAAGAUUUUCAAGAUGUGGAAUAAGGAACUUUAUGUCAGAGAGCAGCAGGAUGCUUAUGAAUUCUUCACCAGUCUUAUAGAUCAAAUGGACGAGUACCUCAAGAAAAUUGGAAGAGACCAAAUAUUUAAGAAUACUUUUCAAGGAAUCUUCUCUGAUCAGAAGAUCUGCAAGGAUUGUCCUCACAGGUAUGAGCGUGAGGAAGCUUUCAUGGCCCUCAACCUAGGUGUGACUUCCUGUCAAAGCCUGGAAAUAUCAUUGGAUCAGUUUGUUAGAGGAGAAGUUCUGGAAGGAAGCAAUGCAUACUACUGUGAAAAGUGCAAAGAAAAGAGAACUACAGUGAAACGCACGUGCAUUAAGGUCUUACCUAGCCUGUUGGUGAUACACCUGAUGAGAUUUGGCUUUGACUGGGAGAGCGGACGUUCUAUUAAAUAUGAUGAACAAAUAAGGUUUCCCUGGAUGCUGAACAUGGAACCUUACACUGUGUCAGGGAUGGCUCGCCAGGACUCAUCCUCAGAAGUGGGGGACAAUGGUAGAACUGCAGAUCAAGGAGGUGGAGGCUCCCCGAGGAAGAAAGUUGCUCCCACAGAAAACUAUGAACUUGUUGGUGUGAUUGUUCACAGCGGGCAGGCACAUGCAGGGCACUACUACUCCUUUAUAAAGGACAGGAGGGGAUGCGGCAAAGGAAAGUGGUAUAAAUUCAAUGACACCGUUGUUGAAGAAUUUGAUUUAACUGAUGAAACCUUGGAAUAUGAGUGUUUUGGUGGCGAGUAUAGACCUAAAGUCUAUGAUCAAUCUAACCCUUACCCUGACGUGCGCCGGCGCUACUGGAAUGCCUACAUGCUGUUUUACCAGAGGGUGUCUGAUCAGAACUCUCCUGUCUUACCAAAGAAAAGCCGAGUGAGCGUUGUGCGUCAGGAAGCAGAGGACCUCUCACUGUCUGCUCCAUCUUCACCAGAAAUUUCACCCCAGUCAUCACCUCGACCCCACAGGCCCAACAGUGACCGUCUCUCCAUCUUGACCAAGCUGGUUCGAAAAGGAGAAAAAAAGGGACUUUUUGUAGAGAAGAUGCCCGUGCGGAUCUAUCAGAUGGUGAGAGAUGAAAACCUGAAAUUUAUGAAGAACAGGGAUGUGUACAGUAGUGACUACUUCAGUUUUGUUCUGUCAUUAGCUUCACUGAAUGCUACUAAGGUAAAGCAUCCUUAUUAUCCAUGCAUGGCAAAGGUGAGCUUACAGCUGGCAGUCCAGUUCCUCUUCCAAACCUAUCUCCGUACCAAGAAGAAACUCAGGGCCGAUACAGAAGAAUGGAUUGCCACCAUAGAUGCUCUGCUUUCCAAAAGCAUUGAUGCUUGUCAGUGGUUAGCUGAGUAUUUUGUUGGGCCAGAGGGCCGGGAACUUGUAAAGACCUUCCUCCUGGAAUGCAGUGUAAGAGAGGUGCGAGUUGCUGUAGCCACUAUCCUUGAAAAAACCCUUGACAGUGCCUUGCUUUAUCAGGAGAAGUUAAAAAGUCUACAUCAAUUAUUGGAGGUGCUUCUUGCUCUACUGGAUAAAGAUGUACCUGAAAACUGUAAAAACUGUGCUCAGUACUUUUUGCUAUUCAAUAACUUCGUACAGAAGCAAGGCAUAAGGGCUAGCAGUCUGCUCCUCAGGCACUCUGCUCUGAGGCACAUGAUCAACUUUCUCCUUGGCCCCAACCGGCAAAGUAAUCAGAACCGCAGGUGGAGCUCAGCCCAGGCACGGGAGUUUGGGUACCUGCACAACACUGUAGCACUACUCGUUUUACACUCAGACGUCUCCUUGCAAAGAAAUGUUGCUCCUGGUCUCUUUAAGCAACGUCCACCUCUAAGCAUCACCACUUCAGGUCCACUUUUGGCACUCCAUGAAGAAGUGGAAGCCUUGUUAUUCCUGUCUGAGGGAAAACCCUACUUAAUGGAGGUGAUGUAUGCGUUACGAGAGCUCACUGGGUCUCUGUCAGUGCUCAUGGAGAUGGUGGUGUACUGCUGCUUUUGUAAUGAGCACUUUUCCUUUACUGUGCUACACUUCAUCAAGACUCACCUGGAAACUGCUCCACCUCAUGAACUGAAGAACAUAUUCCAGUUACUCCAUGAGAUACUGGUUAUUGAAGACCCAUUGCAAGUAGAGCGCAUCAAAUUUGCCUUUGAAACUGAAAAUGGAUUAAUAGCCUUGAUGCACCACAGCAACCAUGUGGACAGCAGCCGUUGUUACCAGUGUGUCAAGUUCCUUGUUACUUUGGCUCAAAAGUGCCCUACUGCAAAAGAUUAUUUCAAGGAGAAUUCCCACCACUGGAGUUGGGCUGUGCAGUGGCUACAGAAAAAGAUGUCUGAACAUUACUGGGCUCCACAGAGUAAUGUAUCCAAUGAAACAUCAACUGCCAAAACCUUCCAGCGCACUAUUUCAGCACAGGACACGCUGGCCUAUGCCACAGCCUUGCUGAAUGAGAAGGAUCAGUCUGGAAGCAGUAACGGGUCAGAAGGUAGCCCUGCCAACGAGAAUGGAGAGAGGCACCUGCAGCAGGGCUCGGAGUCUCCUAUGAUGAUCGGUGAGCCUAAAAGUGACCUUGAUGAUGUUGACCCCUAGAGGAUUCCAAUGAACACAGGAAAAGAUCGACUCAAACCUUCAAUGCCUGGUACCUACUGAAACUGCAGUCCCGUUGCUUAUGCUGUUAGAAGAGUCUGGAAGAGAAGUGGCUGGAUAGGAUCAGAGGCGAUGCAGGAGGAGGUGGUUUCCCUGAAAGCUAAGAGCAUUUAUUUAGCCCCAGAUGCUUCGGAUCAAUAAAUGCUCUAGAGAACUGCAUCCUGGCGUGCAGUAGCAUAUGACAGUCCAGACACUGAAAACAGUUUGUCAAGAAGAUUUUAUCAGAUAACACAAACGCUAGUGGUUGAAUUUUUAUGUGAACAUUAAAUGAGUGAAUGUAAAACUGUUGCUUUUCUGUGAUGCUGCAAAAAAAAAAAAAAAAUUCUUUUGGUUUUUAUACAGGAAAAAAAAAAAAAGACUGCCCUUAAGUAUGGAGGGCGAAUUUUUAAUCUUUCUGAUAAUAUUGAAUAGGAAUAUUC